AUGGCACGUUUACUAAUACAUCCAUCAUUUGAUGAUCUAUCGCCAGUUAACAACGGGUUCCUCUUACUGAAAAGCCAAUUGGGCUUAAUAUCUAGGAGAUAUUUUGUCUCUGACUCAACACAUUCCAACUAUCAACAAUACCAGGGCAGCGGUCAGCAAAGUUCCAAUGCCAAUACAGGUGAUAUUUCCGGUCCGUUUUCGUACAAGUUCGCCGUAGCGUAUCAGCCAAAGGAUAGGGAUGACAAAAUAUACCAGAAGCUCAAGGAUUCACUAAUGUCGGCCACUGGUGAGGACAAUUUUUUUGUCACUUCAAACAGUGUCUCAGACCUCUGGACCGGGGUAGCCGAUGGUGUGGGUGGGUGGGUCGAACACGGUUACGAUUCUAGUGCUAUUUCCAGAGAACUCUGCAAAGCCAUGGGCCAAUUGGCUUCCCUUCCAAGCCCAAAGGGCGGGAAAGACCAAUCUCUGACUCCCAAGGAUCUAAUUGGAUCCGCUUAUCGUAAGAUCAAAGACGAAAAAACCGUAGAGGUUGGUGGGACAACUGCAAUUGCUGCUCAUUUUGAAAAUAACGGCACGCUAAAUAUCGCGAACCUUGGGGAUUCUUGGUGCGGUGUUUUCAGAGAUCACAAAAUGGUGUUCCAAACAAAGUUUCAAACUGUUGGCUUCAACGCCCCCUUCCAGCUAGCCAUAAUCCCUGAACCAAUGGCAAAGGAGGCAGCAAGAACCGGUAGAUCAUAUAUACAAAACACUCCAGAAGACGCCGAUGAAUACAAAUUCGAUCUUGCCAAAAAUGAUGUUGUGAUAUUGGCCACAGAUGGGGUCACUGACAACAUUGACACUGGGGAUAUUGAAUUGUUCUUGAGAGACAAUGAGGCUCAAGUGGAGACAGAUUUUCAAAAUGCGGCUAAAGAGCUCGUAGCAAAAAUUGUUACAAUCAGUAAAGAUCCCAAGUUUCCAUCGGUGUUCUCACAGGAACUAACGAAAUUGACAGGUAAACUGUACCAAGGUGGGAAAGAAGAUGAUAUUACAAUGGUUAUGGUACACGUAAAAUAA